UAGUUUUGAGGUGUACCUUACUUCAAUAGAAUAAGGUCCGACACUUUUUACAAAUCUCACCCUAUUUAAAAAGUAGGAUUUGAGUGAAAAGUCCCUUGCUCUAUGAAAUCCAGCCUCUCUGUUCGGCUACCAAUUGUUUGAUGAAUUGUCUGCAGCUCUCAAUGUUUUCCGACUGCCUCGCUUUUCCCAGUCCGGCCAACCCUAAAUUCCACCACUUUACCAAUUACAACAACCACAAACCCAACACUCUCUCCACCAAACCCCUCAUCAUCUCCUCCUCAUGUUGUUGCUGCUACACCCACAAAGAGCACAGGAAGCGUAGCAAUGAGGAAGGAGAAGGAGAAGGAGAUGCAUCGAGAGUCAAUCCUGCUCUCGUCGUCACGAGGACACAGAACGCGAGGUCCAUGGCCACAGUCCUCCGCCUCUCCCCAUCUCCACCAAUAUUAGAACCAUCAUUCUCGAAUUCGAACUCGAACUCAAACCGUGAUGAUGAGAGGGAAAGGCUUCUUUCUCUCCCCCCUCCACCUACCUUUCCAGGCUCCGUCUCCUCUCAAAGGGCGAGAAGCACCACCCCAUGCGACGGCAAUGGGGACCUCGCCUCAAUUUCACUUUCAGAAGGGGCAGAAACCUCCCAAAACAAUGACAGCAACAUGAGCAGCAUGGUGAUGCUGAGCCAAGCUCUGGAGAUCAGGAGAGAAGCGACCUCCCAAUUAUUGAAAGAGGCCAUGAAAGCUGCCAAGUUCAGCAUCACUUAUUCGGAGAACCUCACCUCCCACAUGGCCGGAUUCGUCGACCAUAUCUUGAUUGAGGCUGCUUCUAUGAAGAAUUGUUCGCCCUCCAACUCCCCCUUCAGUGCGCGUGUCAAGUCAUGCCUCAAUAAUUCUGGGGUGGUUCCCUUGAUCAGGUGGCUAAAGCAUAAUUCCUUGACGUAUCCCCAGAUAGGGAAGAUUAUCUCUUUGUCUGCUGGGAAUUUGGAGACUCUAAAAACAUUGGUCGAGUGGUUGAAGUCAAUUUAUGUUAGAGGAAGGUCUAUAGGAGUGGUGCUUGCCAAAGAAGAGGUUAUUUUGAACAGGAACACUAACGAGUUGGAUGACAUUAUCCAUUACUUGGAAACUAAUGGAGUCCGAAGGGAUUGGACGGGUUUUGUUAUCAGCCGCUGUCCCAAAAUACUUUCAUUUACCAUGGAAGAACUUAAAUCCCGAGUGAACUUCUAUUUGGAACUUGGUAUGGAUGAAAAGGACUUUGGUACCAUGGUUUUUGAUUAUCCUAAAGCUCUUGGUUUUUUUAGCCUGGAAGAGAUGAACAGCAAGGUCAACUACCUGAAAGAAUUUGGCCUAGGGAUGGAAGAUGUUGGGAGACUUUUAGCAUUUAAGCCACAAUUGAUGGGCUGCGGCAUUGAAGAACGAUGGAAACCUUUGGUGAAGUACUUCUACUACCUUGGGAUCUGCCGUGAUGGCAUGAAAAGAAUCCUCACAAUGAAACCGAUGAUUUUCUGUGUUGAUCUAGAAUCUACCAUUGCCCCUAAGGUACAGUUCCUACAGGACAUAGGGGUUCGAGAAGAUGCUAUUGGGAGUGCUCUUGUCAAGUUCCCACCCUUACUGACAUACAGCCUGUACAAGAAAAUUCGCCCAGUGGUGCAGGUUAUAUUCUUGAUUACAAAAGCUGGAGUGCCCCGCAAAGACAUUGGGAAGGUAAUAGGCCUUGAACCACAGCUUCUUGGAUGCAGCAUUGCUGGUAAAUUGGAUGUUAAUGUGAAGUACUUCCUGUCAUUGGGCAUACCCUUUCAAUCAUUGGGUGAGAUGAUUGUUGAUUUCCCGAUGCUUCUGAGAUACAACUUGGAUGUGCUGCGACCCAAGUACCGUUACUUGAGGCGAAUAAUGGUUCGUGCACUACGUGACCUCAUAGAGUUUCCAAGGUUUUUUAGCUACUCACUCGAGAAUAGAAUAAUCCCCCGGCAUAAGAUCCUCGUUGAAAAUAGGAUAAAUUUCAAGCUGCGUUACAUGCUGGUUAGCCCCGACUCUGAGUUCAAUAAAAGGGUUGAAGCAGCAUUGGAUAGGAGGAGGAGGUUUGAAUCUGGUAGCAUGAGUCAUACAAAUCAUAAUUCCAUUAGUUCUAAAGAGGUGACAGUUUCUGAUUCUCCUGAGAUGAUUACUUGCUCUUCUGAGUGACACCAGAUCAUCAAAACGUGUGCAGGCAGUUGCCUAUGUAUCUCUGAGCAGUGCAGCCCAGGUUUCGAUCCCACGGUGCAGUCAUUAUUUUGCGGCUGUUACUGGCUGUUCAUAUCUCAUAGUCAAAACCAACUAUUCCUUUUGUACAGCAGGCCAUGUAUCCAUAAUUUUGACAGUGCCAUGUUCCUAAUGUUUGUGUAUCUGUGGAGAGGAGAUAAAGGAAAUAUCUUGUUAUUGCAUCUUUUCGUUUUAA